AUGCCUGCGGACCAAGACUCCCUCUAUGGGCAACCACGUUUAAAAAAGAACAAAACUGAACAGAAUACCUCAAGCCUUGCCUUCACCUCUCAGCUCUCUUCACUCAUCGCUCAAGAUGCGACCACUGGUUCGUCGCGUGGGCGCCACCGUCCCUCCAAGAAUCCAAAGGCAGAUCUCUUCUCAAAGCACAACAAAGGCACCCAGAAGCGCGCAGCUGCCGAUCUAGCAGACGACAAUAGGGCCCUCAAGCAAGUCCACAGGAGCACCCAGGACAUUGGCUCAGUCGACGCAAACACACUCAGCCGGUCUCGACGUCGCAUGCAGGAAAAAGCGCGCCUUUACGAUGAUAUGAAGAAAGGACUGCAUCUUGCUGCCGACAGUGAUGAUGAUGACAUGCCCAUUGAUCCAUCCGAUCCGGACGCCUACCUGGCCCGACUCCGACGCAAGGAAAAAGAUGUACUGGUUGACUUCGAUCUGAAGCACGCAAACGAGGAGGCGUUCAAGCCAGAUGAGUCCGACGAUGACAACGCAUCUAUUGUUUCCUAUGAAGACGAAUUUGGCCGUUCUCGCCGUGGCACUCGAGCCGAAGCAGCGGAAGCUUCUCGCGCCAAGGAGGAGGAGGCAGGUGGCAAAGCUGCCCAGGAACGCUGGCGCCCUGCUCGUCCUGAAAAUUUGAUUUACGGAGAGGCCGUGCAAACUGAAGCGUUUAAUCCCGAUGCUAAGAUUGCAUCGCACAUGUCCCAUCUUGCUGCUCGUCGUGACCGCUCGCCUACCCCACCAGAGAAGAAGCAUUACGAUGCUGAAGAAGAGGUUCGAAAUCGUGGAACUGGGUUCUACAGCUUUUCCACCGACGAGGAGGAGCGUAAGCAGCAGAUGGAAGAACUCCAAGUCCUGCGAGAGGAGACUAUACUCAAGCGGAAAACCCUCGAAGAACAGAUGGCUGAGCGCAAGGCUCAUUCAGAGUGGAGAUGCAACAAGAUCCGGAGAAUUAUGAAGGAGAACGAGGAGAGAUGGCGGCAAGAGGAUCUUGAAGCUGAACGCAACCCACCUAAACCAGAAACGCCUCCACCUAAACAACCGCCCAGAAAAUGGUUGUAUGAUCCAUCAGACCCACCAUAUGACACAACUCACUGCCCACUAUGGCGACGAUAUAUGGCUAUGGUCUAUCCUGAACCAGACGAUGUCGCCGAUUCUGCAACGGACAAGGACAAGGAGGUCUCCUAG